AUGGCUAUCCCUAUUACCAACAUCCCCAGUGCCAACAUCCCCAGACCUAACAUCCUCACUACCAACAUCCCCACUACCAACAUCCUCACUACCAACAUCCUCACUACCAAUAUCCCCACUACCAACAUCCUCACUACUAACAUCCUCACUAUCAACAUCCCCACUACCAACAUCCCCACUACCAACAUCCCCACUUCUAACAUCCCCACUACCAACAUCCUCACUACUAACAUCCCCACUACUCACAUCCCCACUACCAAAAUCCUCACUACCAACAUCCCCACUACCAACAUCCCCACUACUAACAUCCCCAUUACCAACAUCCUCACUACCAACAUCCCCACUACUAACAUCCUCACUACUAACAUCCCCACUACCAACAUCCUCACUACAAGCACCCCCAUUACCAACAUCCUCACUACCAACAUCCCUACUACCAAAAUCCUCACUACCAACAUCCCCACUACCAACAUCCCCACUACCAACAUCCCUAUUACCAACAUCCUCACUACCAACAUCCCCACUGCCAAAAUCCUCACUACCAACAUCCUCACUACUAACAUCCCCAUUAUCAACAUCCCCACUACCAACAUCCCCACUACCAACAUCCUCACUACAAACAUCCUCACUACUAACAUCCCCACUAUCAACAUCCCCACUACCAACAUCCCCACUACCAAAAUCCUCACUACCAACAUCCCCACUACCAACAUCCCCACUACUAACAUCCCCAUUACCAACAUCCUCACUACCAACAUCCCCACUACUAACAUCCUCACUACUAACAUCCCCACUACCAACAUCCUCACUACAAGCACCCCCAUUACCAACAUCCUCACUACCAACAUCCCUACUACCAAAAUCCUCACUACCAACAUCCCCACUACCAACAUCCCCACUACCAACAUCCCUAUUACCAACAUCCUCACUACCAACAUCCCCACUGCCAAAAUCCUCACUACCAACAUCCUCACUACUAACAUCCCCAUUAUCAACAUCCCCACUACCAACAUCCCCACUACCAACAUCCUCACUACAAACAUCCUCACUACUAACAUCCCCACUAUCAACAUCCCCACUACCAACAUCCUCACUACCAACAUCCUCACUACCAAUAUCCCCACUACCAACAUCCUCACUAUCGACAUCCCCACUACCAACAUCCCCACUACCAACAUCCCCACUACCAACAUCCUCACUACUAACAUCCCCACUACUAACAUCCUCACUACUAACACCCCCACUACCAACAUCCCCAUUACCAACAUCCUCACUACCAACAUCCCCACUACCAACGUCCUCACUACCAACAUCCCAACUACCAACAUCCCCUGUCCAAACAUCCCCAGUACCAACAUCCACAGACCUAACAUCCUCACUACCAGCAUCCCCUUUCCCAACAUCCCCACUACCAACAUCCCCUGUCCCAACAUCCCCAGUACCAACAUCCCUAGACCUAACAUCCUCACUACCAGCAUCCCCAGUGCCAACAUCCCCAGUACAAACAUACCCACUACAAACAUCCCCAGUACCAACAUCACCACUACAAACAUCCCCAGUACCAACAUCCCCAGUACCAACAUCCUCACUAUCAACAUCCCCUGUCCCAACAUCCCCACUACCAACAUCCACUGUCCCAACAUCCCCAGUACCAACAUCCCCAGUACCAACAUCCCUAGUACCAACAUCCCUAGUACCAGCAUCACCUGUCCCAACAUCCCCAUACCAACAUCCUUACUAUCAACAUCCUCACUACCAACUACCAACAUCCCCACUACAGACACCCCCCCCCCCCCCCCCACCCCCCCCUACCAAGAUCCCACUACCAAUAUCCCCAGUACCAUCAUCCCUAGUACCAACAUCCCUAGCACCAACAUCCCCUGUCCCAACAUCCUUACGACCAACAUCCUCACUACCAACAACCCCACUACCAACAUCCUCACUACCAACAUCCUCACUACCAACAUCCCCACUACCAACAUCCUCACUACCAGCAUCCCUACUACCAACAUCCUCACUACCAACAUCCCCACUACCAACAUCCUCACUACCAACAUCCUCACUACCAACAUCCUCACUACCAGCAUCCCCACUACCAACAUCCCUAGUACCACAUCCCCAGACCUAACAUCCCCACUACCAGCAUCCCCUGUCCGAACAUCCCCAGUACCAACAUCCUCACUACCAACAUCCCCACUACCAACAUCCUCACUACCGACAUCCCCGAUACCGUCAUCCCCACUACUCACAUCCCCACUACCAACAUCCCCUGUCCCAACAUCCCCAGUACCAACAUCCCCACUACUCACAUCCCCACAACCAACAUCCUCACUACCAACAUCCCCACUACCAACAUCCUCACUACCGACAUCCCCACUACCGACAUCCCCACUACCAACAUCCCCUGUCCCAACAUCCCCAGUACCAACAUCCCGCAUACUCACAUCCCCACAACCAACAUCCUCACUACUCACAUCCCCACUACCAACAUCCUCACUACCGACAUCCCCACUACCGACAUCCCCACUACCAACAUCCCCUGUCCCAACAUCCCCAGUACCAACAUCCCGCAUACUCACAUCCCCAGUACCAACAUCCCCACUACUCACAUCCCCACAACCAACAUCCUCACUACCAACAUCCCCACUACCAACAUCCCCACUACCAACAUCCUCACUACCAACAUCCCCACUACCAACAUCUCACUACCAACAUCCCCACUACCAACAUCCUCACUACCAACAUCCCCUGUCCGAACAUCCCCACUACCAACAUCCUCACUACCAACAUCCUCACUACAACAUCCUCACUACCAACAUCCCCACUACCAACAACCCCACUACCAACAUCCCAAGUACCAACAUCCCCACUACUCACAUCCCCACUACCAAAAUCCUCACUACCAACAUCCCCACUACCAACAUCCUCACUACCAACAUCCUCACUACCAACAUCCUCACUACCAGCAUCCCCACUACCAACAUCCUCACUACCAACUUUCCCACUACCAACAUCCUCAUUACCAACAUCCCCACUACCAACAUCCUCACUACCAACAUCUCCACUACCAACAUCCUCACUACCAACAACCCCACUACCAACAUCCUCACUAAAAACAUCCCACUACCAACAUCCUCACUACCAGCAUCCCCAUCACUAACAUCCCCACUACCAACAUCCUCACUACCGACAUCUUCACUACGAACAUCCACACUACCAACAUCCCCACUACCAACAUCCCUGUCCCAACAUCCUCACUACCAACAUCCUCACUACUCACAUCCCCACCACCAACAUCCUCACUACCAACAUCCUCACUACCAACAUCCUCACUACCAACAUCCUCACUACCAACAACCCCACUACCAACAUCCUCACUACAAACAUCCCCACUACCAACAUCCUCACUACCAGCAUCCCCAGCACUAA